UGAAACUCCCUGUGCUCUUCGCUUUCACUUCAGUAGCCCGUUGGUGGAGCGGAGGGGUAGACCCAUGUUCAGGAUUAGGCAGUGUUCAUAGAGCGUGUGUUCGCACUGAGCGGCAGCAGCAACUAUUCCCCUUCAACACAAACUUUCCUCCGCAGAAAAUUCAAUGGCUAAAUAUAAGCCGUGGCUGGUGUGCUGCUUCAUCUUGGCUGGUUUAAUUUGCGCGGUUGCUCUUGUCUGCCUGUGCAUCGUCUCACUGGUGGGCAGAGAGUGUCCCAACGGCAGCUUCAUGCAUGCGGCUGUAUCUGCAGACUCGCGAUGUUGCUCCGAGAUUGGCAAGAGCAUGCUACAGCAGGGGGGGUCAGCAGUAGAUGGCGCCAUUGCAGCUCUUCUGUGCACAUCCGUGGUCAAUCCUCAGAGCAUGGGGAUUGGAGGAGGAUCUAUAUUCACCAUAAGAAAUAAAACAGGCAAUGUUAAAGUCUACAACUUCAGAGAGACCGUCCCACAGUCUUUUAAAACUAACCUGCUAAAUGACUGCCCCACCACAUUCAGACUGACCACAGGCAGUCAGUGGAUUGGUGUUCCUGGAGAGCUGCGGGGCUACGAGGCAGUUCACAAACAGUAUGGGAAGCUGCCUUGGGCAAAGCUGUUUGAGCCAACAAUUAAAAUGGCCAGUGAGGGCAUCCCUCUGCCGGCCUUUCUGGAAAAUGUUCUGAACUACUCCAUUGUGAAAAAUCACGUGGAAAAUUCAUCCAUCUGUGAAGUUUUCUGCAACAAAAACAAAACCGUUCUGAGGAAAGGAGACAUCCUAAAGUUUCCUAAACUUGCAGAAACCAUGAAAACAAUUGCAGAGCAAGGGGCAGAUGCCUUCUACACUGGCAAGAUAGGACGUGACUUAAUCCAAGACAUAGAAGCUGCAGGUGGGACUUUGAAAAUGGAGGAUCUACAGUCCUUUCGGGUGCGGGUUGAGGAUGCAUGGACCGUUCCUUUGGGAAAUACUCAGAUGCACAUCCCUCCACCACCUGCCGGGGGGGCCCUGCUCGCCUUCAUUCUCAGGCUGAUGAAAGGGUUCCCCUUGACUCCAAACUCCUUGGAUGGUGGCCAGAUGAUUCAGAUGUACCAUCGUUAUAUAGAGGCAGCUAAAUUUGCAAACGGACAAAGGACGAGCAUCAGUGACCCUCUCUUUAAUAACAAAAAGAGUGCAAAUCAUUUGAUUGAUGCCUCCUUCAUUAAUCGCAUCAGGGACAUGAUCUUUUCAAACGGUACCCAUGACAACUCCUAUUACUACAAUGCCAAGCCCUCACGUGAUCACGUUGGGACGACACAUGUGUCUGUCCUGGAUGAAGAUGGACUGGCUGUCGCUGCCACAAGCACCAUAAACCAAUUAUUUGGAGGAGGCAUUUACUCCAAACAAACAGGCAUCAUCCUCAACAAUGAGCUGACUGACUUUUGUGGGAGAACAGACACAGUGAGGGCAGGUGAACAGCCUCCUUCCUCAAUGACUCCAGUAAUACUGGAGUCAAAGUCUGGAGGACUCCUUGUGAUUGGUGGAUCAGGAGGAAGCAUGAUUACCUCGGCAGUGGCCUUGUCUAUAAUGAAUCGCUUGUGGCUGGGGAUGAAUCUGAAAGAUGCCAUUGCGGAGCCAAUAGUGUUUGUUAAUUCCCAUAACAUUGUGAAUUUUGAGAAAGGUUUUAACAAGUCUGUGAUAGAUGGCCUCAGAGCUCUUGGACACGAACCUGGGAACUGGAAACCCUUCAUGAAUGUAGUCAAUGCUGUGGAAAAGGAGAAUGGAUGCAUUGUGGCCGUAUCGGAUAGCAGGAAGAUGGGGGUGUCAGCUGGAUACUAACCACACAGACCAUGAGGGUGCACCAACUCCCCACUCAAAUCUUGCCUAAAGACUGACUGAACCUGUAGCCUUAAGAACAAUGAAUGUGCCAACAACUAAUUGUGAGCAAUUUGGUGCUCAGGCUCUUUCCUGGUGUUAGCAGAUCAAGAAACUACAAAACUUAAAGGAUAAUUCCAGUUUACUAUAACUCUUAUCUUAUUUUCGUAUGUAUGUAUCUGUUAGACAACAUUGUACCCACCAUAAAAAUUGCAGAGUUCUAGGAAAUUGGCAAAAUGGCUCAAAAGAUGUCAGAUGGGGCAAGAAACACAAGCGAUCAUAUUAUCAGAUUAUCUAAACCACUUUAUUCGGAGGUAAACUGAAAGUAGAAGUUUUCACCUAAAUGUAGGAAAUUAAUGCAAUGUGAUAUUUUGACCCUUUUUUAAGUCAGGUGUAUUUCCCUGCUGAGUGCAACAGAAAUAUCGGUAAUAAUCCCUCGCAGAAGAAAACAUGCAUGCACAACUAUGGCAAGUACACUAGGGUCAUAGUUGUACCUAGAAGUUGGUCUCUUAACUUUUAGAGGCAGACUUUUAACUGCAUCUCACAGUCUUCAUCACCAAAUGCAGCUUGCUCAGUUGUCGUGACAAUUCAAAUCUCUGGAAAAGCUAAUAAGUGGACCAUAAAGAAAAUAUGGGUAUUAUGUAACAUUGGCCAACAUAGUUGGCCAAAUACAUUUGCGUAACCAUUAGGACUGUUUAAAAACUAUUUUAUUGUCUGACUUCUUAGGUUUCUUGUUCUGUCAGUCUUCUUUUUGGCGAUGUUGCCAUGUUCCCAGAUCUCAGCAAUUAACUUGGUGAUUGUGACCAACAGAAAUUAUGGGAAAUAACCACGAAAAUUAGACCCAAGUUGUAAUAAACCAGCCUUAUCCUUUGAGCUGAUCAGAAUGUUCGAUAUAUAUGCAUUUUCAAUCCAGCCAGUCCUCACACACACACACACACACACACACACACACACACACACACACACACACACACACACACACACACACACACACACACACACACACACACACAGAUGUCAUACCACUUGUUGUAGACUAACGCACAGUGAGCACACCAUGACGCUGCUACUCUUACAGUACUGCUGAGAUCUGCCUAAUGUGCUGUAGAUUACACACUCCUGACCAAAGUGGAUAUUCGCAGCAGCAAGCCAUAAAGGCAAAUCUACUGGAGUCCAACAAAACAAAACCAAGCCCUCUGUCAUACUGUAUCAAGUUUAUUAAUAUCAAUGAAUGUUUUAUUUUCUGACUGAUUUUUGUAAUUCUGUGUAGAACAGUUAAUUGUAGAUGAGCCAUGUAACACUUCUAAAGUUACAUCCUGACUGACAUAUGAGUUGAAGUUGAGUCAGCUGCCCAAACAGGGAACUUUUACUGUGACUUUACUUUAAUUUUACUGUAUGUGAAACAGCCCUAUUCAUGUCCCUGGGCAUAUUGUGAUUUUUUUUAAAGAUUAAGGAAUUGCUGUAGAAUUUCAUUUAAAAAAUGUUAUGUAAAAAAAACCUUAAUUCACAAUGAACACAAUUAUCUAAGUGUAUUUUCACACCACCAGCAUGUCAUUUAGUAUUUUCUCUGUUUAAUAUGUCAAAAUGUUUUGUAAAAUAGUUACACAUUUUUACAACUAUUAACUGUGAAUAUCUGUGUUGUCAUAAUAAAACAUCCAAAGUCCAAACCAAACAAA